CUACUCGUCAUGUCCGAUACAGCAGCUGAAAUGCUUCUCCACAUCAUCGUGUUUUCCGUUCGGUGUGGUUUUAAAAUAGCAGAGUGUUGGAGGAGGGGGGGUUGGAUGGCAGUUUUGCUUGGCUGGCCUUCAUCGGGUGACCGUUUUUUGGGCUCUAUCAUUGGUCCACACUCUCAGGCAGACCAAGUUUAGACAGUGCGGGCUUGCUCUGGUUACCUUUACCCUGGAAAGCCUGGAGCAGCAUGUGAUUGUGUGCGUGUGCAGGACAUCUUCAGCUUCUGCCGCUGACCUCUGUAAUAAUAAGAGGAAGUAGCCCAGGUGCUGAUGGAGUCACUGCUUCUGUAGUGCAAUCAGACAGAGAUCCAUUAGCAGAAAGACAUGCAGGCCCAGGAGCUGUUGAAGCAGCUGCGUGUGCCUGAGCUGGCCGAGGUGAGGGAGUACCUCCGCAGCCUGUCCACCGGCACGCUGGUGAGCAUGGGGGCCGUCGCCGCACUCACAACCUACUGGUACACCACUCGACCAAAAGCCCUCAAACCACCUUGUGACCUGCACAUGCAGUCCAUCGAGGUGCCGGGAGGAGAGUUUGCCCGCAGGUCAGCGUUCGUGGAUGCUGAUAAGCUUCUGUCUUUUUAUUAUGAUGAUGCUACAACAAUGUAUGAGGUCUUUACCCGGGGUCUACGGGUAUCAAAUAAUGGACCUUGCUUAGGUUCCAGAAAGCCAAAGCAGCCAUAUGAAUGGCUGUCCUAUUCAGAGGUUGCAGAGAGAGCCGAGAACCUGGGCUCUGCGCUGCUGCACAAAGGUCACUCCAAAACCACGGACCAGUACAUCGGCAUCUUUGCUCAGAACAGAGCUGAGUGGACCAUCUCGGAGCUGGCUUGCUACACAUACUCUCUGGUAUCAGUGCCUCUGUAUGACACUCUGGGGACUGAGGCCAUCGAUUACAUCAUCAACAAGACCGGCAUCUCCACGGUGGUGUGUGACCUCCCGGCGAAAGUUCAUCUGCUGCUAGACUGCGUGGCUGGCAAACAACACUCACUGAAAACCCUGAUCCUGAUGGAGGAGUUUGACUCGGAGCUGGUGGCUCAAGCACAGAAAUGCGGCAUAGACAUAAUUAGCCUGAAAGAUGCAGAGGCUCUUGGAAAAGCCCAUCGGCAGCAGCCUGUACCUCCUAAGUCUGAUGAGCUGGCUGUUAUUUGCUUUACUAGUGGAACCACAGGAAACCCAAAAGGGGCAAUGCUCACCCACAGAAACAUCCUGUCCAACAUUUCUGCGUUUACCAUGAUAACGGCGAUCAGCUGUCCUUUGAGUCCCAGCGACUCGCACAUCUCUUACCUGCCUCUUGCACACAUGUUUGAGCGAGUAGUCCAGGGCGUGAUGCUGGUUCACGGCGGUCGCAUCGGCUAUUUCAGGGGAGAUAUCCGCUGUCUCAUGAAUGACCUAAUGGCCCUGCAGCCCUCUGUCUUUCCGGUUGUGCCACGUCUGCUCAACCGAAUGCUCGAUAAGAUCUUUGCGCAGGCCAACUCUCCUCUGAAGAAGUGGAUCUUAGGAUAUGCCUUCCGGAGGAAAGAGGCUGAGAUGAUGAGUGGCAUUAUGAGGAGAAACAGUCUGUGGGACAAAAUCAUUUUUAAGAAAGUCCAGGACAGUCUUGGAGGCAGAGUGCGCUUGAUGCUGACUGGUGCUGCUCCUGUCUCUGCUCCUGUGCUGACUUACCUGCGUGCAGCUGUGGGAUGCCAGUUUUAUGAAGGCUACGGCCAGACCGAGUGCACAGCUGGCUGCACAGUCACGUUAUCGGGAGACUGGUCGGCAGGUCAUGUUGGACCUCCUCUGCCUUGUAACAUUGUGAAACUGGUGGAUGUUGCCGAGAUGAAUUAUCUGGCUGUGAAUGGAGAAGGAGAGGUGUGCGUGAAGGGGCCCAAUGUGUUUAUGGGAUAUCUGAAAGACCCAGAGAAGACCAAGGAGGCCAUCGACCAGGACGGCUGGCUCCACACAGGAGACAUCGGCAGGUGGCUACCGAAUGGCACUCUGAAAAUUGUGGACCGUAAGAAGCACAUCUUUAAGCUGGCCCAAGGAGAGUACAUUGCCCCGGAGAAGAUCGAGAACAUUUACAUCCGGAGCGAACCUGUGGCUCAGGCUUUUGUCCAUGGAGACAGCCUACAGGCCUGCCUAGUGGCAAUCAUUGUGCCUGACCCUGACUUCCUGCUUGGCUGGGCCAAUAAAAGAGGAUUUCACGGCUCGUAUGAGGAACUCUGCAGCAGCAAGGAAGUGAAAAAUGCCAUAUUGGAGGAUAUUGUUAAAUUGGGCAAAGAAAGUGGACUGAAGUCUUUCGAACAGGUGAAGGAUAUCACUCUGCACACAGAGAUGUUCUCGGUCCAGAACGGCCUCCUGACUCCAACACUUAAAGCCAAGCGUGCUGAACUCAGGAACCAUUUCAGGCAACAGAUCGAUCAGCUCUACUCCAAGAUCCACGUGUGAAAACGAUACCAAAACGGAUGUGUAGGAAUGCCGACAUAUAAUGCUAACUGUCCCCUCCUUAUCCCCCCCCCCCCUUUCCCGCCAAUAGUUUUACUUAUACAGUAAUUAGCUACAUAGUGACCUUUGGGUGAAGUGUGACUUUAAAAAAGUUAUCUUCCACACGGAACUGUGCCUUAUCCACACAAAACAUCUGCUGCCUUUCAUAUAUGCAUCGAAAUGAAGAGCAAAUCUCACUUUUUAGCCUUCAGGACUUUAAAACUCAGGGCUGACAUUUCAGACGCCCUCUAUAUGCUGUAAUAGAUCCAGAGCGGGAAGAUUUUAAUACAUGCUGAUGGCAGUUUAAAUAAGAAACCUGGCGUGACCUGGGGGUGGGCGGGUGACGGCGGGGGAUAGCUUUACCUGUUUCAAAAUAGUUGCCAAAGAAGCUGUUUGAGUGCUAGACUGUGCCAGUACAAAGGCUUACCUCCUGGCCUAUAGAGGUUCAGUCUGAUUUCAGAGACCGAUUUCUGCUUAGCUGAGACGAAUAACAGAAUACAGGAUAAAUAGGUUUUUGGGCUCUGAUAGAAAACCCUAAAGAUGGACCUACCUGACUUUUAUUUUAUUUUUUUAGGUAGUGCAACUCACAUAUUCGAGAAACCCAGUCACGAUGGCAUCUUAUAGCUACACAUUAAAUAGAACCAAGGUCCGUAAUAUAUAAUUGCGAAAGCAUACAAUUUAGGAUUACUUUAGGCUUUAGCAUCGCCUGUACCAACCUAAAAUAAAUACUUUUUAUUCAGCACUUUGCUUAGUACACUUUGGCAGUGUGACUCUUAAUUUGUAUGUACAUUUUUAUUACGCUAUUGUGUAAUCUAGUACGAUGAAUGUUGAGAAAAGUAGACAUUUCACAUAUUUAACUUCUUAAAAGAAUACUCGUGUAUUUCUCGCUUUUUAUUUUAUUUUAUUUUAUUUUUUUAACCAAACUAUCUGUAUCUACUGCACCUGUAGCACAUAUGCGAUCAUCACAGAUGAGAACUUCGACAGAUUUCCCAGUACAGCUAAGAAUAUAACAGAAAACCUCUUUAAUGAUUUGUAAUGGAAGUCUAAGGGCAGUUGUUGAAUUCCAUCAAUAAAUGUAUAACAUGUGCCACUACGUAACGUGAUUUACUCUGAAAAGUAGUACUUUCUCUGCAAGGACAAUGUUUAUGGAUAUAGAGCUUAAUUUAGAGACUGAUUAAUUCAACUCAAAUUCAUGAACAUGUUCAACUGCCCUUAGAAUUUAAAUUACAUGAGAGGUUUGAGUAAACUUUACGUUUGUUCUUUUCUCAGUACAGGUGAAAUUCAAAUGGAAAUUCUUGCCACUACAUAUGCUGUAGACAGAGAUUAGGUUGAAAAGCCCUUGAGUAUUCCUUUAAUUCAAGCAGAAACAGGAUCGUUCCAGACUGCAAAGGAGGAGGUACUCUGCACUUGACAGCAUAGUGUUCCGUUCGUUCACUCAGGCCGGCUGCUGAGGUGAUGAAGCCAUUAAGCUUUCUUCUAUAUAUUUGCAGUAUGCAUCUACAUAGCCAUGUGAUCAUGCAAUAUUUAUAUAAAGUGUGUCGUGAUAUGUUCUUUGCUGCUUGAUUUCAAGAAGCAUGCAUUCCCUAGGCCAUAGCAAAACAUCCCUAAUAUAUUCCCAUCAAUGUUGACUAUUUAUAUGGUUUUAUUUGUAUUAUUAUUAUUAUUAUUAUUAUUAUUAUUAUUAACAACAACGUGUUGAUAUUGAAAUUUUUUUUUUUUUUUUUUUUUUUGGUGUUUUAUAUGUGCCUGAUAUGAAAUUAAUCAAAUUGCAUUGAAAUCUAUUUCUAGGUUUCCUUGUAGUUUUAAACUUGUUUGCCUGGUUUGAUUGAUUUAUUGGAAUGUAUGUAGUGAUAAAGCUAUUGUACCUGACCUGUACAGUAAUGCCUUCCAACAACUUUAUCUGUAAAUCAGACAUCAAAAAUCCUUUGUGCUCAUGUUCCUGGACUAUAAAGAGUUUUGUUAAAAGCCUGAGCUUGUUAAUUGAGCAACAAUUGUGUGGGAAUUGUGUGUGGGAAUACAUUUCACAAUGUCCACAUGAGCAUGAAUAUUGCUUUGUCAUGUAUAUUACUGCAAGCCAUUAAUGAUGUGUGUAUGUUUAGUUGUGUGAAAUAUGGACACCGUUGCAUUUUGAAUGUGAAUAACUGUGGUAAAGUCUCACUGACUGACGGUAAAAUUAAACAAAGCUAAUCAAAAAAGAA